AUGGACGCGUCUUUGCCGUCAACCGUACCUCGUCUGCGCAUCUCUAGGUUCUCCCCUCGGUCUCAGUACGAUACCCUAACUCCGGUUGCUGGCCCGUCUCACAAUUCGGACUUUCUGCAUGCCGACGAUGACGACGAAGAUGCGGAGUCUACGCCGCGCAUACGAUCACCACGCCCGGGAGCCACACCGGGGCUUCCUGUGGACACACCCGCCGAGCGUCUUCGCAACCUCCUAGCCCGCGUCCCGAACACGCCAGACAGCGCGACUCCUCAUGCUAGGCCGCCUAUGUUGCCCGCUAACUCAGAGCCUGAUUCUGACUUCGAGCCCCCAUACUCUACUGCUGCUACGCCGAGUAUCGCGAGGGAGAGCUUGAAGGAACUGUUCACGCGGGCUUUGCGCGAGCCGGGGAACACGCCACGGAAGGGCAAGCAGAGGCGCAAUAGCAUCGACGCGAGCGAAGUGGAGUCAAGCCCACGAGUGGAGGAGGAGCGCGCGAAAUAUCGUUGGAAGAGGCGCAGUCUGAGCGAUGAGGAAGCUGAGAAGUCUAAGAUGAUGCGGGACAUGUCAAUGCCACCCUCGAACUCGAGCAUGGAUAUCGCAAUGCCCCCAGCCAUACCCGGUGAUAUUUCAGGGACGCCAACCUUUGCAACGAGUACUCCUAUGCGCACGUUCCAAAUGUCUGCACAUCUACAUAUGCAAUCCAACCUUCUUGAACAGGACUCGGAGAUGCAGAAGGCGCUUCAAGGACUGGAUAUUAAUGAGCGCCAGGACGAGGGCGCACGAUCCGUCGCAUCGCCACUCCUGGGGAUCCCCUAG